AUGUUUGAAAGUUCUAAUUCAACAUUUUUAAUUGAUAUUACAACAAUAUCAACACCAUUAUCAUUAUUCGAUGAUAAUAUAUCAAUAUUAAUAAAUGAUCAAACAUUAUUAAAAUAUUCAAAUUUAUCAUGUAAUCAAAUUAAAUACAAUUAUGUUUCACAAAAGCCUUUAUUUAAUUUUGUUCGUUAUGUAACACAUAAUUUAAAUCGAUUUUUUAUUUUACCAGCUAUUAUUUUAAAUUUAUGUGCUUUUUAUAUCUUAAGACGUACACGUAUGAAUCGUUCAUCAUCUAUAGCAUUCUAUAUGCAAACAUUAGCAUUAUGUGAUGUAGCAUUUUUUGCAUUAAGAGUUCUCUUUGGAGAAUUAUCGAGUUUAUCAACUAAUAAACAUAUAUUAACAACUGGUUUAUGUAAAUUUCUCUUUUUAAUGGUUAAUGCAGUGAACUAUACAACUGUAUGGCUUAUUGCUGCAAUGAAUGCAGAUAAAUUUCUUGCUGUUUGUUUACCAUUGCGUGUAUCUGACUUAUUAUCAAGAAAAAAAGCAUAUGCUGUGGUCAUAGCUGUUAUAAUUUCUUCAAUGCUUGUAGCAUCUGUACAUGCCAGUCGAACAGUAUUAAAAAAUAAUUCAUAUUGUUGGCUUAAAACAUCACAAGAUGAAAAACUUGUUUUUAUUCUUGAUGCAUUUUUUUGGUGCUUUAUUCCAUUUAUUGUUAUAUCUAUAUUAAAUGCUGCAAUAUUUCUUGCUUUAUUGCGAGCACGUCGUGAAGCAUCACAAUUACAAGAAUCAACAAGAGGUAUUGUACAAACAUCAAAAAAUCAAUUUGCUUCAUCAGUCAGCAGUCGUACACGUGUUCAAUCACAAAAUCUUCAGAUAACAAUAAUGCUUAUAACAAUUUCAAUAUCAUUUUUUGUUUUAACAUUACCGAAUGCUAUUUAUUAUUUACUUAUAUUUUUACGUGUUUUUAUUGAAAGUUGGAAAGCUGUUAAAUGUGAUGUAAAUUUAUAUCGAAAUCUUGAUACAUAUGUACGAACAUCGGCUGUUAUGUAUCUUAUAUCAAAUAUAACAUCAGAUUUAAUGCACGUGGUGAAUUUUUUUCUUUAUUUUAUAAGUGGUGCAAGAUUUCGUUCUGAAUUUCGUCGUUUAAUAUUUCAUCAAUUAUGUCAUUGGUGUUGUAAACGACGAAUUAAUAGAUUUCGAAAAGACAUUAAAUCUAAUAAUCAACGAUCAUUUUUAAGUGCGAAUGGUGUAUCAACAAUACGAGUAUUAGCACCAAAACCUGGUGACACUAAACAAAAAUCUACAUCAAAUAAUAAUAGUUUUACAACAUCAAUCAAAGAUAAAAAAACAGUAACAUAUUUAUCAUCAACCAAGAAGAAGAAGGUACUUGGUGAAAAUGCAUUGAUAUCUGCUGGAAGUCAAUCUAGGCGAAAUCACCAUGGAAUCCCAACAACAGAAAACGGUGGCAAAAAUGAAGAUGAUAAUCUUCUUCGACAUAUAUAA